UUAGGCCCUAGGUUCGCAGGCAGGUUAGAUUGGUUUCACCAUCUUUUUCGGUUCCAAAAACAUAACGGUCGUCUUCUCCGAAAGUUAGCAAGUCAGUCCGAACUCACGCUGGCUAUUCUCUACCCGCACAACCACCCCAAGCUCACCAACCUCCUGCUAAGAUGCGCCGCCCAGCUUACAAUGCGCCACCUCUACCAAAUCCAAGCCCAACUCCUCACCAACCCAAUACCCUCCAUCGACCCAAACAUCAUCGCCGUCAAGCUCAUCGCCGUCUCCGCCGCCCACGCCAACCCCCGCCACGCGGCGCUCUUAUUCAACCAUCACCUCAAAACCCCGAACAUCUUCUCCUACAAUGCCCUCCUCAAAGCAUUCGCCCAAAACAAUGACUGGCAAAACACGAUAUAUUUUUUCAAUCGGCAAUUGGGUUCGCCGGAUGCUCCGGAUCCGGACGAGUACACCUUCACUUCGGUGCUCAAAGCCUGCGCCGGGAUUGCACGAGUGGCGGAGGGCGAGAAAGUUCACUGCUUUGUUUCGAAAUACGGGUGUGAAUCCAAUCUGUUUGUUAGAAAUUCGCUUACUGAUAUGUAUUUCAAGGUGGGUAAUUUUGGGAUUGCCCAGAAGCUAUUUGAUGAAAUGUCUGUGAGAGAUGUUGUUUCUUGGAACACUUUGGUUUCUGGGUAUUGUUCGAGUGGGCAGGUUGAGAAGGCUAGGUGGGUGUUUGAUGGGAUGGAAGAGAAGACUUUGUUCUCUUGGUCGACUAUGAUCAGUGCGUAUGCGAAGGCAGGUGAGUUGGAGGUGGCUCGGAGGCUUUUUGAUGAGAUGCCGGAGAGGAAUGUGGUUUCUUGGAAUGCAAUGAUUGCGGGGUAUGCACAGAAUGAGAAGUAUGCUGAGGCUAUUGAGAUGUUUAGGCAAAUGCAGCAAUGUGGGGUGACGCCAAAUGAUGUUACGCUGAUCAGUGUGCUGUCUGCUUGCGCUCACCUUGGUGCUCUUGACUUGGGGAAGUGGAUUGAUCGGUUUAUAAGACGGAAUGGGAUGGAAUUAGGUCUGUUUUUGGGGAAUGCAUUGGCGGAUAUGUAUGCGAAGUGCGGCUGCAUAAUUGAGGCCAAACGCGUUUUUAACAAGAUGCAUGAGAGAGAUGUGAUAUCUUGGAGCAUUAUCAUCACUGGAUUGGCCAUGAAUGGCCAUGCUGAUGAAGCUUUCGGGUGUUUCGACAAAAUGAUUGAGUAUGAGGUGAAGCCGAAUGACAUUACUUUUAUGGGAUUACUGACAGCAUGCACACACGCUGGCUUGAUCGAUAAGGGGCUUGAGUAUUUUGAUUUGAUGGCCAAAGCAUACGGGAUCAUUCCCAAGGUUGAGCAUUAUGGAUGUGUGGUUGAUCUUCUCAGUCGUGCCGGCCGCCUUAUUGAAGCAGAGGAUAUGAUCAACACAAUGCCGAUGCGGCCUAAUGUUAUAGUCUGGGGAGCAUUGCUAGGUGGUUGCCGGAUUUAUAAAGAUAGUGAGAGAGGGGAACGUGUAGUUCAGCGUAUUCUUGAACUAGAUUCCGAUCAUUCUGGAAGCUAUGUUUAUCUUGCUAAUGUAUAUACGUCAAUGGGUAGGCUAGACGAUGCAGCAAGCUGUAGGCUGCAAAUGCGAGAUAAAGGCGUAUCGAAAACACCUGGAUGCAGCUGGAUAGAGGUGGACAACAUAGUUCAUGAGUUCUUCAUGGGAGACCUGUCGCAUCCUCAGAUGGACAAGAUAUAUUCGAUGAUUAGAGAACUAAGGAGGAAAAUGAAGCUAGCUGGGUACAAACCGAAGACGGAUUUAGUCCUACAUAAUAUCGAUGAAGAAGAGAAAGAGGAUGCGUUAUUGGUUCAUAGCGAGAGGCUAGCAAUUGCAUUCGGGCUGAUUAGUACCAGUCCUGGAACCACAAUUCGAAUCGUGAAGAAUUUGCGAGUUUGUAACGACUGCCACGAUGCAACGAAACUAAUCUCUAAAAUUGUUGAGCGAGAGAUUGUUGUGCGCGAUCGCAGUCGGUUCCACCAUUUCAAAGAUGGGAAAUGCUCUUGCAAUGACUACUGGUAGCAAGUGUUGAGCGGAGAUUGUUAAGCAGUACCAGGUUCUCUAGAUUUUGGAAUUUUUUCAGAUUUCGAAAUAUCGGUUUUGGAUUCGAAUCUGAACGGCUUCCAAAGCUUGAUGUAUACGGGAACAGCUUGAGUAGCCGGCUUCCUUAAGGCAGGCAGAAAAUAGCUUUCCAUUGAUAACGACACCAAUUACAUAUGGUUUCCGGUGAAAGGAAGAAAAUAGCUUUAUGGGAUAAUAAUUGCAAAAUUAAAACGCUAUCAUUCACGACAAUCCAUAUCCAGAGAUCCCAGAACGCAAAGACAAACGGUUUUCAUACAUAAAAUCCAUCACAUCCCAAGCAGCAACAACUUUGUUUUCAAACCAAGUUCACCAUAACUUCAAAUAAACUAGCUACUGCCGAA